AUGUCACUUAGAAUUACGUUUCACGUUGUAAAGCUUCUGGUUUUAAGUUUUUUAAUCAACUGCAGCUACCAACAUAAAAACGAAGUCAAUGUUUUUAAUCAAAGUAGCGAAAUAAUUACACCAUUAAACAGACAAAAUGUGUCAAAAUUUUUCGUCAAAAAGUUGAUGCAAAAAUUUGGUAACCACACAUCCAUGAACAUUGAAGAAUUUGAAUUGAUGUUAAAAGUUUUGCAAUCAAGUUUCGUGACUGAAAGCUCAAAUUCGCUAUGCAUUGAUGGUCUGAAAUUUUUGAAUUCAGUUGAGAAUCAAAAAGAAGUCAACAUAACGAAUGAUUUUAGUAUAGACGAAGAACAUUUAUUCACAGUAUGUCCAAUUCUUGUACAUCAUAUAAUUGAUCAAAAGCCUUUCGGCUAUGAAGCUUCUUGCAUCGAAGAAUUAGAAGAAACUUCAGAAAUUGAAUCACGAAGUUCCGUUUGGUUUUAUUCAACCCUCGCUAUCAUUGGCAUCAGUUUAUGUGGACUUAGUGGUGUUGCUGUUAUUCCAAUUGUAGAUAAAAAUUAUUAUUUUUAUGUGUUGCAAUUUUUCAUGGCAUUAGCAGUUGGAACUUUAACUGGUGACGCUUUACUUCAUCUUCUCCCACACGCAAUGCGACCUUCAAGUGACGACAUGAGUUCGUCUGAAUUGAUUGAAAUGAUGAUGCAUCGGGGAAUCGCUGCCUUAUUUGGAAUCAUUUUAUUUUGUUUCAUUGAACGUAUUCUAAAUAUGAUAACAUCAUACAAAGAUCAUAAGAAACUUCCACAACAUAAGGCACAUAAUGAAGAGAAUGAUUCAUUGCAGAAACAAUCAAAUCAUCACGCCAUGGAUUCAAAAGUAUUCAAAAAAAAUCUUUAUCAUCGAUUGUUUGGAUGGUAA